GUUCCGCAGACAGCAGGGCACAGGGCUGUCUGCUAGUGUUUCGUUUUUAUUCAAAUUUCUGAUUUCUAGUUGGGUGUUAUUGAGUGUGUACAAUUUAUCAAACAGACUUCAUAUGCAAACCUAGAAGUUGUUUCAGUGUACUAGUAUAUUGUAAACUUUAUUUGUGCUUUCCGUAUCAAUCUAUUCACUGCUUCACUAAUCGCCGUGAACGAAACAUGGCCGAAAAACUAUUUUGUGGUGUAGAAGGUGGGGCGUCUGUAUCAAAGUUAGUUUUAGUAAGAGGAACUGGAGAAGUUUUGUGUACUGUUGAAGGCCUAUCCAGCAAUUAUUUGCUUGUUGGACUUGAGGAAUGCCAAAAGAGAAUAGCUGACAUGAUUGAAACUGCUAAGGAAAAAACUGGUAUUUCAACUCAUACAGUUAUAGAUGGAUUAGGCUUGUGCAUGAGUGGCUGUGAAGAAGAAGAAGCCAAUAGAGAAUUUGAAAGAAAUUUUUCAAGAAAGCAUCCACAUCUGAUGAAGCAUUGUACCGUCGCAAGUGAUACAUUUGGACCUUUGUAUGCUGUUAGUCCAAAAGGAGGCUUGGUUUUGAUUGCUGGAACGGGGUCUAAUUCUUUGCUUGUUAAUCCUGAUGGGACUACUGGUCGCUGUGGUGGAUGGGGACAUUUACUGGGAGAUGAAGCAUCAGCCAUGUGGAUUUCUUUGAGAGCUGUGAAGACAGUAUUAGAUCAUGAAGAUAACUUAAAGAAGUGCAAGUAUGAUGUAUCAAAAGUUAAAGAACUAAUUUUCAAACAUUUCAAGGUACAUGAUCUUUUUGGUAUACUUGAGCACUGUUACACCAAUUUUAGCAAAACUAGUUUUGCUGGUCUGUGUGCAAAAAUAGCAGCAGCUGCAAAUGAAGUUAAAGACCCUCUUUGUUGUGACUUAUUUUAUGAAGCUGGUAAGAUGUUAGCUGCCAUGGUUGUUGCUCUCAAACCAAAAGUUCACCAAGAAUUACUGGAAAGUGAUGAUGGUUUACCAAUUGUUUGUGUUGGCUCCGUGUUCAAAAGUUGGAACUUAUUAGAGAAGGGUUUCCUUGAAGGAAUCGGCAAUCAUUAUGAGAAGUGUAUUUUGUUGACACUAAAAUGUACUGCAGCUAUAGGUGCAGCAUUCCUAGCAGCAAAAGCAACUGGAUUUCAAUUACCUUUAGAUUAUAAGGAAAAUGCAGAAGUUUUGUAUAGUUUCAAGCUGAAUAAGUAACCAAGAAUAUUGUGUAAAUUCAAGAAUGUAUUUAAUUUAAUCAAGGACAUAUUUUAUAUUGAUUAGACAAAUUUUUGAUAAAUUUUUACCAAUUUUUAAUUAUAGGUUUUAUAAAAUUUUAUUUUAUGAAUUCUAUUUUUUGUAGAUUUCAAUUUUAGUUUAAAAUAAAAAUAUUAUUUUUUUAGCGUUGCUAAUAGCAUGGUUUUUUAGCUUAAAGUGGUUAUGUAGAACAAAAAUCUUCAAGUUGCUGGC